AAUUUUUACACGUCGUUGAUUUGUGUCGACUGCUAAGAAAAUGGUCGUCCAAGAGGAUAAUCCAAAUACUGGGGACGUUCAGGAGAAGACGGAGAGUGCUCCGGUGGCAGAGCCGUCGAAGAUCUUCACGGUGGAGAUUCUGCACAUGAUAAAGGAUGCCCAGCAGCAACACGGCCUGCGCCACGGCGACUUCCAGAGGUACCGCGGAUACUGCAGCCGCCGCAUCCGUCGAUUGAGGAAGGCCCUGAAGUACCCCCAGGGCGACAAGCGCCACUUCAAAAGACGCGACGUGACCAUUGGCCAGUUGACCGGCAAGAAGGCGGACGAACGCUUCAUCCACAUCCCACUGAUCUGCGCCGAGCGGGCCUGGGCGUAUGCCAUGCAGCUCAAGCAGGAGUCCAAUACGGAGCCGCGAAAGCGUUUCCAUCUGGUCAACAAGCUGCGCAGGGCCUGCUUUUAUGCCCUCCAGCUCCAGGAGUUGUGCAAUACGGAGGCUUUCGAUGCGCGCACUAAGCUAGAGUGCGAAGCCUAUGUUGCCUGGAUGCACGGAAGCCUGCACUUUGAGCUGCAGCUAUGGAAAACCGCUGGCGAGCACCUAAAGCGCGCCCAAGUGGUGUACGAAAACCUGGGCAAGGCUCUGCCCGAUGAUGAACAGGAGCUUUACCGUGCUAAAGUUAAUGAAUUUACGCCCAAUCUGCGCUACUGCGCCUACAACAUCAGCGGUGGCGCCAGUGGUGGAAAGAUCGACGAGAUCCUGGAGCUGCGCGCUCAGGGACUGCUUGAGAAUCUUGACGUACUGGUCAGCCAGACGAAGACGGAGAGCAGCGAGGGCCUGCAAACGAUCGACUGGCGCGGUCGCAAGGUCACCGUGCGUCCGGAGAAGGUGCGUUUAUUCCUGCUCAGUGCCCAGGAGUUGGACAAGUCGCUGGCCAAGACCACCAAGCAGGAUGCCAAGAUAGAAUUGAUUGAGCGUAUUUUGAUGGACUGCAAGGAUGCCAUCCAGGCCGUUCGCGACGAAAUCAAACAGGAUCCCAAGCUGCGUUCGUUGACCACCGGUCAGACCGUAUCCGGCGUGCAAUAUCUACUGGCAUAUUUGAGUUAUAUUCGCCAUAGCCGUACUCUGCAGCGUAAUCUUUGCCUAGUGGAGCAGGCUAAGCUCAACUUUGACGAUCCCAACCAGCAGUCUCAGCAAAAUGUGGGUGACGGCAAACGCGUCCGACCCCAGGAUUUGGCCCGUCUUUACGAGAUCAUCCUGCAGAACGUGACGGAAAUGCAGCAGAUAAACGGUUUGGAGGACGACGCCACGUACCAGAGCGAGGUGGAGAACCUGGCCAUCACCUUCAAGGCCUUCCGCUGCUACUACAUUGCGCUCACACUCAUCGACAUAAAGAAAUGGAAAGAGGCCGUGGCGCUUUACGAACGCGCAUCAAACUACGCCACCGAGGCGCUGAAAGGCAAGACCAGUCCGGAGUUCCAGCUGCAGGAGGAACUCAAAAAGGUCGUGGCCGCCAUUGAUGGAUGCAAGUUCUCCGCCCAUGCAUACAGUGUGCUGGAGGAUGACAACAGCGAGGAGUUCGGAACCACCACCAAGUCGCAGAAGACCACAAAACCGCUGUAUGAGCGUUUGUCACUAUACAAGGAGGAUCAGUCCCUGCACACCAAGACGCCUAACGUAUUCAAGCUCACCCCUGACAUGGAACCCAUACCCUGCAAACCGAUUUUCUUUGACCUGGCUAUGACCUACGUGGAGUUUCCCUCGCUGGAGGACAAACUUGAAUCGCCCGGCAAGAAAGGAGCCUCAAUUACCGGCUUUGUCAAGGGAUUCCUCGGAUGGGGUGGCGGCGGAAACAAGUGAGGUUGAUUCUAACCACUACAACGCACUCUUCUGGAAUUCCACGCAUCCAUGUUACACUUAUAAAGCCUUCAGAUCCAUGUCCACGCUGCGGUAUGUCCGUUUUAUAAGAUAUUUGUUUUGGCUUUUACCCCUGCCAGAUUUGUUUUUUCUACGAAACUCUUGUAAGUUACAAAUUAAACAACUAUUCGGUAAUAAAGGAACCUUUUAGAGAGAACCUUUUUAGAGAGUUCCUCGAGGGCAAA